AUGCCACGGGCACAAACCACCAAAAAUCUCUUAAAAUCAAAGUCUGCAAUGAGAGUGUCGCAUGAUUUAGUUGGAUGGGACGAAGUAAGGAAGAGAAAGGGCUUGGUUUCGUUGGUUUGUUGUUUCAUUGCUAAGAAUGAGGGCAAGCUUCUUGGUAGCAGAGGCAAUAUGGAAGGAAAUCGAGUCUACACACACAGGUUUCAAUCUUGUUUGCAUUUCUUGUUUGGCAAGAACUUCGAGGGAGCCACUAGAAUUGUUGACCAAAGAGGUGUCAGCAAGAUAUCUGCUCACCCCAGUGGAAGGUUUAUCUUUCAGGUUACUGGGGAAUCCCGCAGAAAAGACCAAUAUCUCUGUUUUGCUGAGAACUUUUGUGGUUGCUAUUCUUUCUUCUAUGAUGUUGUCAACAAAGGGGAACAGCUUUGUUGUAAACAUCAAAUAGCUGCAAGACUUGCUGCAUCUUUGGGAUCAUAUGUUGAAGUUAAAGUGUCUGAUGAGGAGCUAGCUAUGUUACUAUCCAAAAUAUAG